UCAAAGACUUUUGUAACGCACUAUGGUUAAAGGAUUGAAGCACUAAAAAGAAAAAGACCUCGGAAUAUCAUGUCCAAAACUCAAAUUCAUUUCUGAAAAUGUUAUUAGUAGUAAAAUUUGCUAGUUCUGCUUCAUUAAUGGUGGUACUACUGCUGCUUUUUUUUUACAUAGUUGAUGUUGUUUCGUUUAAUUCAUCUUCUUCGUUAACUGGCAAGAAACAGUUACCAAUAGCCGUAGUAGAAGAAGUAGAAUCUCUCUUGAGAUGGAAAUCUACUCUUAACAUAUCUCACUCUUUUCUCAGUUCCUGGAAGAUGAACUCUACUGCGAGCACAACGAGUCCAUGCAAGUGGUACGGAAUCACUUGUAACAGCCAGGGAAACGUCGCGGAAUUGAAACUAAAAGGUCUGGGCUUACAAGGUACACUCGGUAGUUUUAAUUUUUCUUCUUUCGCCAACUUAUUUAGUAUCAACUUGCGCAACAACACACUUUCCGGAUGCAUCCCUUUUCAGAUAGUCCACCUUUCGGAACUGGCUUAUCUUGAUCUUUCUUACAAUAAUUUUUCUGGAUAUAUUCCCCCGGAAAUAGGCUCCGUUACAAGUUUGCGUGGGUUAAAUAUUGGUUAUAAUCAAAUUAUCGGUUCAGUCCCUACUUCUUUGUAUAAUUUGAGUAACCUAACCGAUCUACUCUUGUACGAAAAUCAGUUUACGGGCAUGAUUCCUCACGAAAUCGGAAGGCUAACAUCUCUUAUUCAUCUUGAAUGGGAUUCAAACAAACUCAUUGGUCCAAUUCCAACUUCUUUGUGCAAUCUGACUAGCUUAGAAACUUUAUACCUUACAAACAAUCAACUUUCCGGUAACAUUCCUGGCUGUAUCGGAAGGCUAAGGUCUCUUACUGACUUCCAACUGACUGACAACCAUUUUACUGGUCCAAUCCCUACUUCAAUAUGCAGUUUGAGCAACCUAAACACUUUAUCCCUUAACAACAAUCAAUUUUCCGGUACCAUUCCUCCAGAUAUAGGAAGGCUAACGUCUCUUACCGAGUUUGAAUUGGCAACCAACAACUUCACCAGUUCAUUACCUGCUUCUUUAUGUAAUCUGACCAACCUCAACAGUCUAUACCUUUUUGAAAACAAGUUUUCUGGCACCAUUCCGCAGGAACUCGGAAAUCUAAGGUCCCUGGAGAACAUUGCAUUGUACACUAACAAUCUCGUUGGUCCCAUCCCUAUUUCAAUAUGCAAUCUGAGCAACCUAAACAUUCUAUACCUUAAUGAUAAUCAACUCUCCGGCACCAUCCCACAAGAAAUCGGAAGGAUAAAGUCUCUUACGGAACUUAUACUGUCUACAAACAAUCUCACUGGCCAUAUCCCAAAUACUUUAUGCAAACUGAGCAACUUAAACUCACUUUCCCUUAUUGAAAAUAAACUUUCAGGUCCAAUUCCUCGAGAAGUCGGAAGGAUGAGUUCUCUUACUAUCUUAGAAUUGUCCACAAACUAUCUCACCGGUCGAAUUCCUACUUCUCUAUGCAAAUUGUCUGACUUAACAGCUCUACGUAUUUAUGAAAAUCAACUUUCUGGUACCAUUCCUGACGAGAUUGGAAACAUGAGGUCUCUAUCUGAUCUUGAGUUGGCCAAGAACUAUCUAGUUGGUCCAAUCCCAACUUCUAUAUGUAAUCUGAGCAACUUAACCAUUUUAUAUCUCUUUCAAAAUCAACUCUCUGGUGUCAUUCCUCAAGAAAUCGGAAGCCUAACGUCUCUUGCAGACUUUGCAAUACAGAAAAACAAUCUCGUCGGUCCAAUUCCUACUUCUUUAUGUCAAUCUACAUUUGGAGCGUUACCUUCCUUGCAAUAUCUCGACUUGUCAGAUAACAAGCUCACCGGACAGAUACCCAGACAACUCGGAGAAUGCUCAAAUGUGAUUUCUUUGAAUUUGAGAAGAAAUGGUUUCAAUGGACACAUUCCAUCUCAGAUUGGAAACUUGGAUUCAUUACAGUAUAAAUUGGAUCUCAGUCAAAAUGAGCUUGCAGGGCAGAUACCAUCGGAUCUCGGAAAAUUAAACAAGUUGGUACAACUAAAUCUAUCUCACAACAAGCUCUCGGGUUCAGUUCCUAACUCUUUUAGUGAAAUGCUUAGCUUGACCGCUGUUGAUAUUUCGUAUAAUGAAUUGAGCGGUCCUAUUCCAAACAUCAAGGCAUUUACGGAUGCUUCAUUUGAUGUUUUGAGAAGCAAUCGAGGUUUAUGUGGUAAUCACUCUGGCGGUCUGAGACCAUGUAAUUCCUCGGUUACGAAUGCAAGACAGGAGACCAACUCUGACAAACUUGCGGGCGUGAAAAUUCUAGUUCCAUUGUUCGGUUUAUUGUUCAUUUUCUUUGUAGUUCUUGCCGUUCUUUUUCGCUUCCGAAAAAGAUUAGGUAGAAAUGUCGAACAACAAGAUGAAUCUAAAGCUACGAAUACUGGGAGAAAUUUAUUCGCGGUAUGGAAUUUUGAUGGGAAACUAGUGUUUGAAGAUAUACUUGAUGCAACAGAGAAUUUUGAUACCAAAUAUUGCAUCGGAACGGGAGGGUAUGGGAGUGUUUACAAGGCAGAGUUAUCGACAGGUCAGGUUGUUGCUGUGAAGAAACUUCACUCGUCAGAGGAAGACUCUGAAAUAGUCUCUCUCAAGGCAUUUGAAAGCGAAGUGCACGCCUUGACGGAAACUCGACACCGGAACAUCGUGAAACUGUUUGGUUACUGUUGUAAUCUAGAGCGAGGAAUCUCAUUCUUGGUGUACGAGUUUAUAGAAAGGGGAAGCUUGAAAAUUGUUUUAUCUGACGGAGAACGAGCAGCAGAGUUUGAUUGGGCAAAGAGGAUAAAAUUCAUCAAGGGAAUGGCUGAUGCACUUGCUUACAUGCACCAUGACUGCACACCAGCCAUAGUUCACAGGGACAUAUCCAGCAACAAUGUUUUAUUAGAUUCAUAUUACGACGCUCGUGUGUCCGAUUUCGGUACUGCGAGGAUUUUGAAGCCAGAUUCAUCCAAUUGGACUUCACUUGCUGGAACAUAUGGAUAUGUCGCUCCAGAGCUUGCCUAUACGAUGAAAGUGACGGAGAAGUGCGAUGUUUAUAGCUUUGGUGUGGUCAUGUUAGAAGUACUAAUGAGGAGGCAUCCAUCCGAUGUCAUUGCAUUACACCCUCCUGCCCACCUACUGUCGUCUUCGGCUUCUAGUAUUGUGAGACAAGAUUUAAGGUUGAAAGACAUUUUGGACAAGUGCAUUGAAGCACCAGGCGAUUUGGUGAAAAAGAAAAUAAUGUAUUUUGUGCAGGUUGGAUUUUCAUGCUUACGUAGUGAUCCUCGUACUCGGCCAACUAUGCGAGAAGUAUCGGCACAACUAUCAUGGUCAGCUCAGAGUAUGCGGUCUUUUGGGAAGCCCUAUGAAACUAUUACAUUGGGUGAACUACUGAUAGAUUCACUAGGAUGAUGUGUAAUAACCAAGCUACUUCAUGCCAAUUUCGGCCGUAUUUUCACAUAUUUUCAGAUAUUUAUUCUAGGAAAUACAGUUAUAUAUAUACACUGCAAAUAUAUAAAGUUCACAUUAAAAGAAAGACAAAAAUAUUUUAAUUUUU